UCCUCCGAAAAAAUAAAAUAGAAAGAAGCAGCUAUUUUUUUUAAUUUGAUUUCAUGUGAUAAGCUUCGCUUUAACAAUCAGCAGCUCGCGAUCUCGAUCUUAUCAUAUUUCUCCUCCUCCGCUCGCAACUUCCCCCCAUUUUUUUUGGCCGGAAAAAAAGGUGGAAUCUUGCCAUGGGACUCGAUCUCGGGGCUCACUUGGUUCGUCUAGGGAUCGUGUCGUCGACGUCGGACUACGCGUCGGUUGUCUCGAUCAACCUCUUCGUCGCUCUCCUAUGCGCUUGCAUCGUGAUCGGGCAUUUGCUGGAGGAGAAUCGAUGGAUGAACGAGUCAAUUACCGCUCUGAUCAUUGGUUUGUGCGCUGGUGUGGUGAUUUUGCUUACUACAAAGGGGAAGAGCUCUCAUAUUCUGGUGUUCAGUGAGGACCUCUUCUUUACUUAUCUGCUGCCGCCAAUUAUAUUUAAUGCCGGGUUUCAAGUAAAAAAGAAGCAAUUUUUCCGCAAUUUCAUGACAAUUAUGCUCUUUGGUGCAGUUGGUACUCUUAUCUCCUUUGCCAUAAUUUCUUUUGGUGCAGUCGAAGUCUUCAAGAAAAUGGACAUAGGUGGUUUGGAGCUUGGUGAUUUUCUUGCGAUUGGGGCUAUCUUUUCUGCAACAGAUUCUGUUUGCACCUUGCAGGUUCUUAAUCAGGACGAGACUCCUCUGCUGUAUAGUUUGGUUUUUGGUGAGGGUGUUGUCAAUGAUGCCACAUCAGUGGUGCUUUUCAAUGCAAUCCAGAACUUUGAUCUUGUACAUAUUGAUGCUGGUGUGGGACUGAAGUUUGUCGGAAACUUCUUUUAUUUAUUUGUAUCCAGUACCCUGUUGGGAGCAUGUACUGGAUUGCUCAGUGCCUACAUCAUAAAAAAAUUAUACUUUGGCAGGCAUUCUACUGAUCGUGAAGUCGCGCUUAUGAUGCUCAUGGCUUACCUUUCAUAUAUGCUGGCUGAGUUAUUAGAUCUAAGCGGUAUUCUUACAGUGUUCUUUUGUGGGAUAGUGAUGUCUCACUAUACCUGGCAUAAUGUGACAGAGAGUUCAAGAAUUACCACCAAGCAUGCUUUUGCAACUUUGUCAUUUAUUGCUGAGGUGUUCCUGUUCGUUUAUGUUGGCAUGGAUGCAUUAGACAUUGAAAAGUGGAGAUUUGUCAGUGAUACUCCAGGUAAAUCUAUUGGUGUUAGUGCGAUCCUUCUAGGAUUGGUUCUUGUAGGCAGAGCUGCUUUUGUCUUCCCACUUUCUUUCUUGUCCAACUUGGCUAAGAAGUCUUCGAGUGAGAAGAUCGUCUUCAAGCAGCAAGUUGUUAUAUGGUGGGCUGGGCUGAUGAGAGGUGCUGUAUCAAUUGCUCUUGCUUAUAAUAAGUUUACAAGCUCCGGUCACACUCAACUAUUGGGCAAUGCAAUCAUGAUCACCAGUACCAUCACAGUUGUCCUCUUCAGCACAAUGGUAUUCGGAAUGCUGACAAAGCCUUUGAUAAAUCUUCUCUUGCCUCCGAGCUCAAGGAUUACAGAAAGCUUCACAUCAGAUGUUGGAACCCCGAAACUCUCAUCACCACUCCUUGAGAAUGUACCAGGAUUCGAACCUGAAGCAGAAGGACAGGGGCGGGAUAUUAUUCGUCCUUCAAGCCUUCAGAUGUUUCUAAGGAAGCCAAGUCGUACUGUACAUUACUAUUGGCGCAAGUUUGACGAUGGCUUUAUGCGCCCUGUCUUUGGGGGAAGGGGGUUUGUUCCUUUUGUGCCUGGAUCACCAACAGAACAAAGCGUGCAUGUACGGGAUUCCAUUGAAGAGAUGGGAAAAUAGGAAAAGGGAAAAACCUGUGCCAUGGAAACCCAAAUCUGGGUUUUUGAUAUAUUGGAGUGCAGGAUCUUUUCUAACUAUAGGAGAUUUUGUAUGUAUUUUUGGGUGUAUCUGGUUGCAUUGUUGUAUUCCAUCUCUUUCUUGUAACAUAGUUUUCUUUCAACCAUAUGUAAAAUAUAUUUUCCCUUCAGAGAUCGUGAGUUCUAGACCACCAAUGAGUGGUGCAUGAUGCUAUGUUUAGGGAUUUGAUGCAUCUUGUAUAUUAAAUUUUUUUUGUAUUGUAUGACAUUACUCUAGUUGUUUCAA